AUGAAAAAUAUUAACAACACUUAAUAAUACUAAGUUGAUUCUUCUUUAUAAAUAAAGGCUUUUGUUAAUAUUAAUUUUAUUUGCACAAAGAAUUAUCCUUAAAAAAUUAGAAAGAAUUUUCGUUUUUUAAAAUGUCUUGGAAAAGGUGGUACUUCUGAAGUUUUUUUAGUACGAAAUAAAUAAACAGGAAAGCUUUUUGCAUUAAAAAUGAUAGCAAAAAGUCAUUUAUCAGAAUACAAAAGACUAGAAUAGUUAUUAAGGGAACGAAAAAUACUCAUAGAUGCCCAAAAAGCACCUUUUAUAGCCAAUUUACAUGCAUGUUUUGAAUCUGAAAAUCAUUUAAAUUUUCUACUCGAAUUUUAUUGCGGAGGAGAGCUUUUUUUUCAUCUUUAAAAUAGAAAAUUGACCGAAAAUGAAGCAAAGUUUUAUUUCGCAGAAAUCUUGAUGUGUUUUGAGUAUCUACAUGAACAUAAAAUUUUAUAUAGAGACCUUAAACCUGAAAAUAUAGUACUAGAUAUAGAAGGUCAUGUAAGAUUAACAGAUUUCGGGUUGUCUAAAAUCGGUAUGUAAAAAAAUGAUAUGACAGAUUCUUUUUGCGGAUCACCUGAAUAUAUGGCUCCGGAGGUUAAAGACUAAAAAGUUUUAAAGAAAUAAAAAGAUGUUAAUGGCUUUAAGAUGUAGAUUGGGGAAUGA